AUAAACAUUCUACUGACACUCCUAACAAACACAACACUAGCCCUGUUACUAAUACUUAUCGCCUUCUGACUCCCCCAGUUAAAUGCAUACACUGAAAAGACAAGCCCCUACGAAUGUGGCUUUGACCCUAUACAAUCUGCCCGCCUACCCUUUUCCAUAAAGUUCUUCCUAGUCGCAAUUACCUUCCUUCUCUUCGACCUAGAAAUCGCCCUCCUAUUGCCCCUCCCCUGAGCAACCCAAAUAAAUAACCUAAAAACAAUACUUACCACAGCCCUAUUCCUAAUCUCCUUAUUAGCAGCUAGCCUCGCCUACGAAUGAACCCAAGAAGGCUUAGAAUGAGCCGAAU